AUGCUCCCUACUCACCCGGCGAGGAGAGAUGGAGGGGACCCCGGAGCCAUGAACUUGGCUACCGCGCCAGGCCCCGCGGAUUCCGGCGACUUGCAGUUGCUGGCCAAGAUGGGGUACAAGCAGGAGUUGAAACGACAGUAUUCCACGCUGCAGGUGUUUGCGAUCGCGUUUAGCAUUAUGGGCCUCGUUCCGUCCAUCGCGUCGACCCUUGCGUUUUCGCUGCCAGCUGGACCAGUUGGUAUGGUUUGGGGAUGGUUCACCGCAAGUAUCUUCAUUUUCGUGGUUGCAUUGGCAAUGUCAGAUCUGGCAUCUGCAAUGCCGACGGCUGGGGAUACACUUUCUCUAAUGAUUCUUUCCUGUGUUUCUAUCGUCCGCGACUCGGACUGGGCGGCAUCACGCGGGGUCGUUUACGCCGUUUACGUGGGACUGAUCCUCCUCCACGGACUUUCGGCUGCUCUUACAGGCCGUGUCAUGCCCACCAUCCAGACCGCCUGCAUUUACAUCAACAUUGCUCUGAUGAUCGCGACCGUGAUUGCAUUACCGGUCGGGAAAGUAGCCCGAGGUGGAUCACUUAAUUCAGGGGAUUAUGUCUUUCGCCAUAUUGACAAUGAAACCGAAUGGCCAACUGGGUGGGCAUUUAUGCUUGCGUGGCUGGCUCCAAUUUGGUCAAUCGGGUCAUUUGAUUCCUGUGUGCAUAUGAGCGAGGAGGCUAUGCAUGCCGCUAAAGCAGUGCCACUGGGGAUUAUGUUCUCUGCCGGCUCAGCAUUGGCCUUUGGAUUCUUGGUACUGUCCGUCAUGGCUGCUACAAUGAAUCCGGACGUGUCGCAAACUCUCAGCACCAAAUUUGGGCAGCCAAUGGCGCAGAUCUAUUAUGACGCGCUUGGCAAAGAUGGCGCUUUGGGCUUCAUGAUUGUGCUAUGCAUCGUCCAGUUUCUGAUUGGUCUUAGCUUGCUUGUUGCCGCAUCACGCCAGGCAUGGGCAUUCUCUCGUGACGGCGCCCUCCCAUUCUCGACCUUCUUUCGCCAUGUCAGCACACACAUUCAAUACCAGCCCGUGCGAGUGAUUUGUGGCCUGGCGGGGAUCAGUCUGGUCUUGGGCUUGCUGUGCCUGAUUAACAACGCCGCUGCGAAUGCCUUAUUCUCUUUGUUUGUUGCUAGCAACUACUUAUCCUGGGGCAUGCCGAUCUUCUGCCGUCUGGUCUGGGGCCAGGAUCGGUUCCAUCCUGGGGAGUUCUAUACUGGCCGGUUCAGCAAGCCCAUCGCGUGUAUCGCUGUCAUCUACUUACUUUUCGGUGUGGUUCUGUCCAUGUUUCCGACUGCGGGCCCGAAUCCCGAUCCACCGGACAUGAACUAUACAGUCGUCAUCAAUGCGUUUGUUUGGAUUGGGUGUAUGGUGUAUUAUUUUCUUUUUGCCAGGCACUGGUUCACUGGCCCGCGAAUGACGGUGGACGAGAACUGUGUGACUGAUUCUGACAAUACUACUGUCGCUCCUGUUCAGGCAGCGGCCUCGCUGCCUACAAAGGAAAACUGGACGGCGAUCCUCAUCAUGUCCUUCAAUGUCUACACAGCCGAAUACAUCGGUGUGCCAAACCAUGAAGCCAUCUACAUUGAAACCCAACCUGCCACCCCGAGCACGCGAGCAGAAGGUGUCCUCUAUCAUGUGACAGGAACUAUACUUCGCGGCAUGGAUUACACCCCCAGACCCACAGUGGACCCUGAACUCGAUGCUUCGCAUGUACCGGGCACCAAAAUAAAGAUUGGUACGAUCGCAAUGGAAGAUUUGGCCAGAUUUGAGAUUGAGUGCUGCCAAGCAGUUCCCCCGCCCCGUCCCCAAUUGGCUCUCGGUGGCAAACAACUGUAUCCUGGCACGCAGCUCUAUCGCUGCGGAGACUGGCUCCGCGACGUCCAGAAGCUCGCAUUCGAAAAGGGGAUCAUCAGACGGUGA